AUGACAGUGCACAGUAUUGUAUACUAUUACUGCACGCCUACGAUUCCUCGUUGUCUCCUAGUAGUGGAGGGUUUUUUAAAGCGGGAGUGCCGCUAUAUUCCUUUCAUUCUGCGCCCCUCGUUGUCGGUGUUCCACUCGGCCCACAUUUCAAGCAUCAUCCUCGCUAUCGCACCCCUUCUACUGCUGACCUCCCAUCGCACACCUUGUGAUGCCGCGCGACUCGAGGCCUCGCAGGCCGCGUUUCCGUCCGUGGAGCCAGCCAAGGAGGACGCGGUGCUGCUCCGCCACGCGCUGCAUUGCGGCACGAAGCAGUGGGGUGAGCUGGGGAGGAGCGGUCAGCUCAACCGAAGCAACAAGUCGUGCUGUAACCGUUACAUCUUCCUCAGAAGGAAGUUCACUGACCGCUUUCGCGAGAGCUGCCUUGGAAAUCACCUGGGAGGAGCUGCAUUCCUCCAGCACGCUUCUUCGGACGGAGACAGUCAGCCGAUUUUCUGUCAGGAUUUCCAGCAGCAGCAGCGUCCGGAAGGCGUGUGUUCAGCUGCCCUCGCGUUCGGAGGGCUGUCGUUUGACGAGUGCACGGCUGUCUUCUUUGCCCCCAACGCACGCUGCUGCCGCCAAACCGCCUCACUGAACCUCUCUUCUGUUGCCAGCCCUCCUCCUCCUUCCCAAACCGCCAGCGUCUCUGCUACUGCGGCUGCUUUUAUUGCCGAGUUUCCAGUAUCCCAUGAAGCCUUCCCCGUUGCUGCUGCCUCCAAUGCUGCUCGGCGUCGUGCGCUGAAGCGACCAAGGGACGAGUGUCCCACGCUGGGGGCAACACAACAGCCGCUGCUCGGUGGACGUGAGAGCUGGUUGGUGCGAGGUGGGGUAGUGCGAGGUGGGGUAGUGCGAGGUGGGGUAGUGCGAGAGGGGGUGGUGCGAGAGGGGGUGGUACGAGAGGGGGUGGUGCGAGAGGGGGUGGUGCGAGAGGGGGUGGUGCCAGGGGGAAUAGUGCGAGGCUGGGUGGCGUGUAGCACGGAGCGCCGGCAUCAGUCAGUGGCAGAGCAGUUUGAGCAGCAGGGGGAGAGCAGCCGCGUGCAGCAGCAGGCAGCGGACGAAGUCCUUCUGGAGGCCCUGCUGCAGCAGGAGCAUCGCCAGCAGCAGCCGGGAGGAGCGAGGAGCAGGGCGCAGCGGGUGUUCUGGCCCCGCGUUGGGUCAGAGAGUGCCCUUCCAGGCGACGUGCUGCUGGGAUUCAGCAGCAACGAACCUGCCUUCAAGCAACGUGCUGCUCUGUCUGCUCCUCCGCCCACCCAGCCGCAUGCACCGCUGCCAGCGCCAAUGCCUUCACAGCUCGCUGCUCUGCCUAGCUGCGCUUCCUUCUUUGGUGAUUCCACCCCUUGCUGUGGGAAUUUCGCACCCUGCAUUAGGGAUUUCGCAGUGCACCGGGAGGAAUGGCUCCGCAUUGCGUCAGAGAGCGCCCUUCCAGACGACGUGCUGCUGGGACUCUGCUGCGAGGUCCCUACCUCCACGCAGCGUGCUGCUCUGUCUGCUCCUGCGCCCGCCCAGCCAUUCACAGCACCAAUGCCCUCGCCGCUCGCUGGUCUGCCUGGCCCCACUCCUGGCUGCACGAGCAGGUGCCUUACUGCGAUGCUUGCUGGGAGUACGUGUGGCACGCAGGAGCAAGAAUACCUGGAUGCAUGCAUUAACAUGCUUGGCAACAUAAACAACUCUGACAAGCACAGUGACAAGGACAACGGCACUCUCUUUCUCGACACGCCCGUGGCUCACGUGCUGCUGGGUGGGGGCGCCCUUACCGUGCCCUUGACGAGUGGUCCUCAGGCUGAGAGGCCUGCAGCACCAGGUUCUGCUGGGACCGCGCCACGUGCUGCUGGGACAGCCCUGCCAGAGUGGGCGGAGGAGCAGGGAGGGACCUUGGAAGGAGGUGCUGAGUGGCACAGGCAGCAGCAGUAUCUCGCCCAGGAGGGCAUGUCAGGACCUUGA